AUGCUUUAUUGGUAUAUCUGGAACCCCGAGGAGGUGAAAGCGGGUUGGAAGAUCACUGUUUUCAAUGCGGACCAUUCGGAAAAACAAUUCAGAUUCGCUGAUGUACACCAGCUGAAUCUGUUCGUUCACCUGAAGAAAACUGGUAAUAAGGAUCUCUUGCUCGGCGCCUUCCCCAGUAUGUUUGAAGGAAAGACCCAUCCCAUUGAGAUCUACGAUCUUCUGUUCAAACAGAGUAACAAGGCCUGUUGGAUGGGGGGUCUGGAGUAUUCAACAAAGGAUCCUGGAACGACCCUCGAGGCAGAAAUGGAGAGCCUGGGAGAGUUCUUCAUCAACGGUCUUGCAAACCCGAUGGAAGCAUCACGGAUCUGGGCCAGGUUUAAGCUCAAGUCAAAGCAUCCAGAUUUGAAAACGUCCGUGGAGCUCAAGAAGCCCCGAAGUGUUGCAGCACCACAGGACGUACCCGAAUGGGUUAUUACCUGGAUCAAUAAUUCUGCCAAUGAAGCCUUGUAUAUGAACCAGUGGUAUUGCUAUCUUGAUGUGGCUUUGGGGACAAUCAUUCAACAGCCUGACGAUGUGCUGAAUUCAAAAGGUGGUGCCCAAUCACUGUCGUGGUGCCAAAGCUUCUCUACUUUAGCCGGUGGAGACACAUAUGGCUAUAUCAUCUGGCAAUGGUCCGAGGGGGACACCAACUAUGUUGUUGGAGUCCAGAUCACUGCCCCGUUUCAGAUGUUUGGUAUUGGAUAUGCGCCGUAUUAUCAAGUCACAACGGAUGGUGCGACCUGGAGUGAACCGCAUUAUGCGGACAAGUAUACCUUUCAAGGGCUUCCAUUGAACAUCCAGGUGGUGCCAGUGGCAGGCCACUCAACAAUGACCUGCGACAUUCAAAUCAAAGAUCCAUCUAACGCAGCAUAA